AUGGAGACCUCAGCCUUGGUGAUCUGGCUCCAUGGGUUGCAAUCUUGUGGCAAUCACAUCCAGCAGCUGCUGGUUGCGACCAGGAUCCGACACAACAUUCCUUGGGUGAAAUGGCUCCUUCCAGAAUCGGACAUUGCAGAGCUGACUGUGAUGCCCGGGAAGGCGGUCAAAUGCUGGUUUGACUUGCACCAGCAGCCAGUUGUUGAGGGCCAGUAUCAUGGUCGAAUGCAGGAAUCCGUGGCGUGCAUCCACGAUUUGUUACAUAGUGCAAUUGAUCGAGGAUUUCCUCCUCACCGUAUCGUGCUUUGUGGUUUCAGCCAAGGUGGCACACUGGCCCUGCAAGCCGGGCUUUCUUUCCCGUCCAGCUUGGCGGGCAUUUGUACCGUAGCCGGCUGGACAUCUGCCGACUUGCCGGCGAAUUCGAAGGAGAGCCAAGUGCCCAUCCUCUUGUGCCACGGCAGCGAGGAUUCCAUGGUCCCCAUCCAGGUGGCGCGGAACAGCUGCGCCGCCUUGACGAAGGCCGGCUACAAGAACGUGAACCUCGUCACUUUCAAAGGACUGAGACACCAAUUUAUCACGAUGCAAUUCCAAGACAUCAUGGACUUCUUGCAUCAGGUGAUACCGCAAAGACUGGACUCGCCCAAGACACCGGCGCUUGUGACAUCGCCAUGUGGAUGCGUUGUGUGGAUGCAUGAUGCCAGCAUCGUUGGGGAGGUGCAGGAAGAGGUGCUGGCUGAAAGGCUGCAGGACAGUUUGCCUGGGGUGCAGUUGAUUCUGCAGACCCUGCCACCACAGGAGGAGGGCCGAAGCUUCGGCAAGAUCUUGCUGCAGGAGGUGACAUUGCAGCUCCAGAAGGCGGGGGACCGGGGCAUUGCGCUGCCCUCCAUUGUGCUGGGAGGCUUCGGGGCUGGAGGCACUGCUGCGCUGCUGGGGCUGUUGUUUCCGAAGCUGGGCGGCCUGGUGUCCAGCUCUGGCUUCAUUGCAGACGGAUUUCCAGAGCAGGCAGGUGCCGGUGAUGACCAGCUCAUUUUGCUGACGCACGGCAUCGAGGACAAAGUCGUUCCCAUCGAGUCAGCUCGGAAGCAGUGGCGCGCAUUGGAGGCCCACGGCUAUCGCGGAGUGACCUUUAACAGCUUCACGGGCCUCGGCCACGAGUUCACCAUGGGCGUGUGGGACCACAUCAUCGAAUUCGCAGCCGCGGCGCUGGAAGGUCCGCUUAGUGCCAGCUGA